GAGGAGCAGGAACAGGAAGUGGGGUUGUGCCGAGUUCCGGGCACGAGGCAGCCGCUACCGGGAGCUCAGCGCUGCAGCUGCGGGCCGGUGGGUUAGAGCCGCUAUGUUCCGGAUCGAGGGCCUUGCGCCGAAGCUAGACCCGGAGGAGAUGAAACGGAAGAUGCGCGAAGAUGUGAUCUCUUCCAUACGGAACUUCCUUAUUUACGUGGCACUGCUGCGAGUCACUCCUUUUAUCUUAAAGAAAUUGGACAGCAUAUGAAGAUUGAGCACCACAUGUGAAUGCAUGAUAUGAAGAACCUAGUUACAGUUUCUACUCCUGUCUGCAAGUGAAUAGGCCCAGAAAGGUGUAAGAGACUCUUUGAAUGUACAUAAAAAUUCUACUUGUUAAGAACAAGUUUGGCUCUGGUAACUGACCUUCAUAGCUAAAAUAUAAAACUAUUUGGCAAGUAUAAAAAACGUCUUGUAGUCAUGGUGUGCACUUAUGCCUAUUGAUUUUUGGCUUCUGUGGAUGUUAGUAUAAUUGUAAAUAAUGUCAAACUCCAUUUCUAGCAAGUAUAAUUAUAAGGGGAACAAUGUCUGAAAUGGCAUUGACUUGCUGGGCAUUUUUUCUUACUCUUUUACUUCUGUCAGAGUGUUAUUUGUGAAGAGUUCCUUAUAAUUACUUAUGUUUUGUGGAAGUCAGCACGCCACCACAAUGACAUUUAAGCAUGGGAUCAUUAUACUAUGUUUUUAAUAAACAAACCAAUUGAGAAAAAUUGAA